AUGUCUGUUUCAAUUGUUUCAUCAGAUGCUAACCGUGUACAAAUUGUGGAAGACAUUGUCUGUAGUUUGGAACAGCUGCUUUCACUGUCGGGUAAAGUAUUCGACCAGUUAUUGAAAAGAAUAAGUGAUUUUAGUGACCGUGCAGAUCGUGUUCAGAUUGAUGUGAGAAGAGUUGCUAAGAAAGUGGAACAAAUUAGAAAGAUGACUGAUGAAGUUGUCAUAAAUGCUCCAGGAAAAUUUAUUGAGAUCAGGAACGACUGUCUGCAUACUGUGAUAAGCAAAAAUAUCUGUGCUGAUGUAAAUUUAUUAAAAAAAUCAUUGAAAAUUGGCAAACGUGAUUUUAAUGAAUCUAAAAAUAUCAGCGCAGUUUUGGCUGACAAGGGAUAUUUUUACCGCUUCACUGAAAAACACAUAAGGUCUAAUAAAACUGACAGGAAGAUUCCGGAUAACCUUUAUUCAGUUGCUGAUUUACUACUGUUCAAUACGGCUGUAAAUGUGUAUGCGGAUUAUCGAUUUGUCGAUCCGUUUGACAAUGUGAAAACUGAGUGUACUGGUUCAGCAUUUGACCUACAGAAAAUUACACCAUCAUCUGAAGACUCAACGCUAUUUGUCAGCCCGAAACAAAAAACAGAUCCACUUCAGUAUCAUCCAGAAUUUGGUUCACUUCAAAAUUUCAGCUUUCCUGAUUUAUUGUUUGCUUCUACAAAUUUCACUAGAGGUUUGUCACCUGAGAAGUUGCCAGAAAAUAUAUUGCCUGUUGUUGAUUCUCCAACUACAUCGUUGCAUAAUCAUGUCGAAAAUAAAUUGUCUGAAGGUCCUGAUCUAUUGAUUGUGCCUACUGAAAAUUCUGUACAAAAAGUAGAUGAUAGUAGUGUUGGUACGGAUUCUCUCGAAGCUUCAUAUGAAAAACCAUGUAAUGAUCCUGGAAAACUGGAGUCAGACUUCAACAAUGACAUGUUGGAAUCAGCAAAGUCUACAUAUGCCGGAAGUUAUUUGAUACCACCGCCUCCACCACCUCCUCCUCCACCACCACCACCGUCAUUGCAACAAGCAUCCGAAACUAUAACAUUUAAAUCAUCGCAUCGACCAACAGCGGCUUGUGAUGAUAGAGCUAAUUUAAUGGAAGCAAUACGUAGAGCCGGAGGAGCGAAAAAUGCGAAAUUGCGAUCAAUAAGGAAAAGGGAAGAAGUUUUAGCUGAUGAUGCAUCGGCUUUACCCAGUCAUACUAUAACUGCUGUGUCAUGUAACAAUGAUCUGAUGUCUUCUUUGACUAAGGCUUUAGAACAAAGACGCAAAGGAAUAUUUGGGAAGAAUUCAAAGGACCAAAAUUGCUCAAGAUCUCAGUUCAAGGAAGGGGCAUUUGCUCAAAUUAGUGCUCGAAUACCUCCACCUCCAGCUAACGAAGAAAUCGAUGAUUAUGUUGCCACGGAUAAAAACAGUGAUCAUGAUUGGGAUUGA